GUUAAGUAAUCUUCAUCUAUCAAGAUCGUUAAAGAUCUGAUGUUGGCAGCUCUGAGAUCUCGAGUUCUCUCUUUCUCGUCGACUUCUUCGUCUGCUUCUGUUAUUCAGCCGCUAUGGAAGUUACAUUCUUCUACUUUCAACAACAGAACAUUUUGUUCAUCUGAUGUGGAUCGCAGCCUUGAUCUUCCCAGUAGUGGACUGUUAAACCUGGCCGAAGUUGAGAAAAUUCUAGAAGAUGUUAAAGCCGACGACGUCAAGGUUGUUCAAGUGAGGGAUCAAUGCGAUUGGGCUGAUUAUAUGGUCUUUGCUAGCGGCCGUUCGGCUUGGCACGUUCGCAAUAUCGCUCAAGCACUAAUUUACAAGGUAAAGCAAAAACAGAGAGGAGCAGAGAGGAUGUUGCUUCCUGUUGUGGAAGGGGAGAAGGAAGGGAAAUGGAUUGUUGUUGAUUCUGGACCAAUUGUAGUUCAUGCUCUUGAUGAGAAAGCUAGAUCAUAUUACAAUCUAGAGAGGCUUUGGAUACCAGGGGCAUCUAAUAAAGAACAACCAAAUAAUUUGGGGGAGGCUUUCUUGAAGGUUAGAAGAAUUAACAACUCAAAAAAAAAGGUUCAAAAUCUUGAUUGAUUAAUGAUUAUUAUUAUUAUGAUCAAGUUGUUCAGUUUGGUUGGGAUUGUUAGCCAUCUUAUGAUGAAUGAGGAUUGGUUUCUCCCUUGAAUUUUAUUAUAAUAAACAUGAAGGAUGUUCUUGAGAAAUAUUAACAAGUAUAUGUUUU